AUGACGAGCCUCUUCUCAAAUAUGAGACAGAACAUGAAGAUGAGACAGACUCUGAAGAUGAAAAAAGAUUCUGAAAAGGAAAUAGACUCUGAGGAUGAAAACAACACCAAAGAUAAGAAAGAUCCCAAAGAUAAGUCUGACCCUGAUGACAAUGAUUCAAAAGAUAGCAAUGCUGAACAUAAUGCAGACACAAACAGUGGAUCUGAUCCUGGUGGUGAUGCUGACCCUACAAGUGGAGCUGAUUCCAACGGUGAUGGUGACUCUAACAAUGGAACUGACUCCAACAAUGAACCUGACUCUAAUAUUGAUGAUGCCACUAAAAAUGAUGCUAAUUCCAAAUACAGCACUGAUUCUGAUGGGGGAAAACAUACCAUUAAUUCAGACAAUACCCCUGGCCUAGACAAUUGUGUUGAUCAGGACUGUACUGUUAACUCCAGCAAUGGCACUAGUACAAACUCUACCUCUGUGCUGCAGAAUGGAACUGGCCUGAACUACACUUUUUGUUCCAAUAAUGGUUCUGGCACUAACAAUGCCACUGGAUCAGGCAAUGACAUUUGCCCCAACAAUGGUACUAGCCCCAACAAUAGACAUGGCUCUAAAAUCAAUAUAUCUGGCCUCCAAAACAAUGCCCCUGACGCCCAAAAUAUCGUAUCAUGUCCCAACAGCCCUGACUACAGCAACAAUGACUCCUGCCUCAAAAUCAAUGGUCCUGGCCUGAACAACAAUAGCCCUGGCCCCAAUGACAAUGGCUCUGGCCUUAAAAUUGACCCUGGAUCUAACUAUAAUGUCAGGCCUAGUAGUGCUAUAAGCCACAAUAGUGCUAUUAGUUCUAACAAGGAUGCUGACUCCACGUAUGAUACAAAACCCACCAUUGCUGCUGGACACAACUAUGCAGCUGUCCCAAACUAUGACUCAGACCAUGACUGUGUCUCAAGAUUUACCCAUGCAGUAGGUUCUAGCCCUCUAGUCAACCCCAACUAUAUUGCCAAAAACAGUUAUGCUGCCAGACACAGCUCUACAACUACUACUGCCAAUGUCAUUGACACUAGCAAUACAACUAGUUGUAGUGGUGCUGUUAGCGCUAGCUAUACUGCUGGCACCAACUGUGCCUCAGGCAUUAACCAUGACCUUAGAUUGAUUCAUGCCUUUGAAUCCAACUUUGUCACCAACUCCAACUAUGAUGCCACAAAUACUCAUAAUGUUCAUAAUUCCACCAGUAUAAGCAAUAUUAAUAAUCUGUCUGAGCCUGGAUUAGAAAUUGGUACCAGUUCCUCCAUUCCUAAUAUUGUUUAUGCUAACUCCCCCACUUUUGCUGCUGGCACAAACUAUACUUCCACUCCCGAAAGUUUGAUCACCUCUGAAUUUUCUGAUUCAUCUAAGCUUGGUAUAAAUUAUACAGUUGUUGAUAACCACAAAUUUGGUGUCUGCCUCAAGGACUCUUCUGGCUCCAUGGAUUCUUCUAGCUUUAAUCAUACCACUAAGUCCAAGGAUGUCCUUGAUGCCAAGGAAGUUGGCUUUUUAAAAGAUUUAUCCAAGAUCCAGAAUCCAACUGGUGUCAAGUAUCCUGCCGAUUUAAACUUUCACUCCAAUUCAAGUAUUCCACUCCCUAUUUUUGACAUUAUAGUAGAAGCUGAACCACCAGAUUUUGUGAAGUUUGCUGUAUCAUCAGGGGCUGUGAAUCUAUUUUUUAAGUGGGAGACAAGCUUUCUGGGGAUUUUCAAUCUAAAAUAACAACAAACCAUCUCCUAUCCAAAUAUACUGUCAACUUGCUCAAGCUCUUUUAAUUGCUGAAUUUCUUUUCUGAGGUCAUCUGUGCACCAAACCUUUCCAUAAAUUCACUCCUUUAUACAUCAAUUUGAUCAUUUCUUCAUAAUACUAAAGUGUUUCCCAGGUAUCCUAUUGCUGGAUUCCUUGUCAGAUAAGAUAGGGUCCUGAAAGUGUUUAAUCAAAAUAUGGUGAACUAAGUUGGCAUCUCUUUUUGAAACGAAUUAGUAAAAGAUCUCAAAUUGAAUGUAACUGAAUAAAUAAUAUCAAGCAAAUAAAAGUGUUCCUCCUGCCAA